UCCUAUCAUAUAGAUGCGCAGGAUUGAGCGUGUGUGUCAAAUGGAACAAUGUAACGGAUUGGAGUUGACAGCCUCAGCCGAGGGGGUUACUGAUUAAACUGGUUUCGAGUCCAUAAUAACCCUAGGUAAGGGCAUGCGAACGAGCAUAUCAGCAUCGGGUUCAGCGCGUGCAUGAACUGAAGAGAAUGACAGCGGAGCGGCGUUAGAAGAUUCCCGUUUCUUCUUUUCAAGGUAAAAAGUGACAACUCGACCCUAUCAAACUCAGGCAUUUCUGUGAGUUGUAACAUUACCCUGGCUCCAGAGACCUUUAAAUACAUUUCAAAAACCAAUUUGCCACGUGGUGUAAAGUAAGACGACUCCAGCCCCCCAACUGCCCAGAGCUGGUCGGAAAGUUUAGCCAAGUGCCUUCCAGACACGCAAGAGCUGGACAUUCUGUCAAGACCUUCAAAGCCAUUUUGUAUUUUUUUUAUUAGUUUUGAGAAUUUGUUUUUUGAGACUCCAGCGCAUCAGCCCUGCCGUGAAGAAGAAUCCGUCUGGAUCUUUUCCCCGCACAGACUAACAUGUUGCUUUCUGUUGUUAUGACCUAAAAGAAAAACAUUUGAAUGGAGAACAUAAUUUGCAUGCUACCCAAGUUCAGGCAGGAUCUCACUCAAGCCUGGAAACGGGGUGUGCACCUGCCUCUUUUCCUUAACCUGUAGAUGCACGGAUUCAUUUAGUGCCACCUGCCUUCUUUAAUGGGAUAAAUUAUCUCCAGAGAUCAGGUGCAUCUCUGAUCUAAACUGAACGAAAGCCUCGGAGCGGAUUCAUUUUUUCUUAAUUGACACCUCACGUGCUAAGGCCUCCGCAUGGUACUCUGGUCGAAAGAUCAAGACAAACUGUCCGAAAUGUCCACCGGGACGGAAAGGAUAGAGAUGAAGAAGGAAGGGGCGCCGCCAGCGUACCACCACUCCAAUGGGUCGGUCCAUCCAGUUAUCAUGCCCGACAACAAUGAGGAGGCACCCCAAAACGGGGAGUACGAACUCACGGAGAUGACCUCUCUACCGGACCACGAUGGUCAGGAGAACGAGCGGCCGGACACGGUGGUCCUCGACUGUCGGGCCAACGCCAAGGGCCAGAGAGAAGAAGACGCGCUCCUGGAGAACGCCAGCCAAAGCAAUGAGAGCGAUGACACCAGCACGGACCAAAGCCCGGUGCCGCCGGUUCAACUAAAGGAAACAUCCUUCUCUAUUGGACUCCAGGUUUUGUUCCCUUUCCUGCUGGCAGGGUUUGGGACAGUUGCAGCCGGCAUGGUUCUGGACAUGGUACAGCAUUGGACUGUGUUCACAGAGGUUACUGAGGUCUUCAUCCUGGUUCCUGCUCUUCUGGGUCUGAAAGGGAACUUGGAGAUGACCCUUGCGUCCAGACUGUCCACCGCGGCUAAUAUUGGACAAAUGGAUUCGGCAAAGGACAUGUGGAAAAUGAUCAUGGGAAACCUCGCACUUAUUCAGGUUCAGGCCACUGUGGUGGGCUUCCUGGCGUCCAUCGCCGCUGUCAUUUUUGGCUGGAUUCCAGAGGGCAACUUUAAGAUAGGGCACGCCAUCCUGCUCUGUGCCAGCAGCGUGGCCACCGCGUUCAUCGCUUCUCUUCUGCUAGGUCUUAUCAUGAUCGGGGUUAUCAUCGCGUCCAGGAAGGUGGGCAUCAAUCCAGACAACGUGGCUACCCCCAUUGCAGCCAGUUUGGGUGAUCUGAUCACGCUGACAUUGUUGGCUGGCAUUAGCACAGGACUCUAUAAAGAACUGGAAUACAACGACUAUGCCAACCCGAUGGUUUGUGCCUUCUUCGUUGCCCUGACGCCCAUUUGGGUCCUCAUCGCCCGGCGAAUACCUUCCACGCGGGAAGUGCUGUACUCGGGAUGGGAGCCUGUCAUUAUCGCCAUGGCGAUCAGCAGUGUCGGUGGCCUCAUUCUGGAUAAGACCGUGUCCAACCCGAACUUCGCCGGUAUGGCGGUUUUCACUCCAGUAAUCAAUGGUGUGGGUGGAAAUCUAGCGGCGGUACAAGCCAGUCGAAUCUCGACCUACCUGCACAUGAACGCCCUGCCCAUAGCGGAGCCCAACCCUACUCCACGUAAAUGUCCAACGCCAUGGAGCACAUUCUUCGGGUCAGGUGUCAAUUCGCGAUCCGCCCGAGUGCUUUUCCUAUUGGUCGCUCCCGGUCACAUGGUCUUCCUGUACACCAUUAACUCUAUGCAGGGUGGACACACCACUCUCACCUACGUCUUCAUCGCAUUUUACCUGGCUGCAGCUCUGCUUCAGGUGAUAAUUCUGCUCUACCUGGCAGACUGGAUGGUGAACUGGAUGUGGCGUCGAGGGAUGGAUCCAGACAACUUCUCCAUUCCCUACCUGACCGCUCUGGGAGACCUGCUGGGUACAGGCUUCCUGGCCCUGUGCUUCCACAUCCUGUGGCUACUUGGAGAUCGGGACACAGAUGUGGGGGAUUAAUCCACGCCGCUUCCCUUUGACUCUGUCCGAGCGACACACACGUCUUUAUUUAUAAUGCCACGUAGAGAAAUAAUAUCUAUAUUGUUAUGGCUACAGUGGCUACCAUGAUUACAUUGAUGCUUUAGAAUUGAGCUGUAAUUAUGUCGUUUUUUUAGCCACCGGGUGAACACGGAUCCUCAUUAUUUUUCAAUGGGGAUGUUCGGCUCGAUUUAUAGCCAGCAUGUAAAACCGACCUAAACUUGAAAUGUGUCAUGAGAGGCAAAAAAACAAACGAACACAGAAUGCUUAAUCACCAAGUGCUCUAAAAUGAUCAAGUAAUAUAAAAUGAAACGCAUUUAAUGCGUUUUGUUAACUAAAGACAAAAAACACCGGACCAUCACAGAGUGACCUAAACAUCUUUUUCAUGCUCGAGGUUUGUUUUUCUCCUUUAAGGGUUUAGAUCCUCCAGACUUGACGUGGCGGUUCAUGUCCACAAUGGAGCGAAGUCAGGUCACCUCCGUCUUAGUAAAUUACCAGACGCAAGCUGAACGGGGACCUUUUUGCGAUAAAACGCUGCAUGUACAGUAGAGUUCAGUACUGUAAUAUGAAAUAGUGAUCACCCUGUAUGUUCAACACAUAAUGCUGCUUUUCCAGGAUCUAAAUUCGCUUCUGUAGUUUCGUUUGGGCUCACAAAGAGACAACGACCAAAAGAGAACUUCAUUAUUUUCCCUGAAAUCCUCGACUUGUGUAAUGCGUUGAGAAGGUCUUGGCUUGUUUACUCUCGAUAAAGUAUCAAACUUUGUUUCCGUCGCGUAGGUACAGUACGUUUCCGACAUGUCCACAACAGUUUCGCCCAAUCAAGAGACUUCUGGGUCAGAAAGAUUGUUUUAAGCUUCUCAAGUCCACAUUCAAGCUUCGAAAUCUCUUCCGCGGGUUUACAGGGCAAGAAAGGUUGACGCAUUUGUUGUAAACUGAGAUGGCUUUUAUAUACAAAUGAUAGUUUAUAAAUGCUGUGCCAGUUUGAACGGAUAUCCAACUGAGUGUACUGCGUUUUAAAGUCAACACGAAAUCAACGUUUCUUCCAUACAUCUUCCGGUAGCGAAAACAUCCUUCUCGCUUUUAAACCUCUCUGGCAAGUCGGUUCAAGUGCUUGCCAUAAUAAAAUCCCAGCCAGCUAUUUCUUGUCAUGCAGAUACAACUGCUGCUUCAACCCAAACCACAAAACAAUUAUUUUAAAUAUUGUAAUUCAUGUUUUUAAGUUCAUCCAGACAAUAGACAUGCUUCCUAGAAUAAACAAAACGUCUCUUGUCUGCCUUCAAACACCAGACUUUUAUACACUUCACUUUUCACGAAUGAAUAUUUUUCUCAUUGAAUUCAGAAACAUGGACCAUUAUUAAAGUUAAAUGGCUUGUGAAAGGCAUGCCAUGUUUAUUCGAAGAGUUUCACGAACUUCAACCUGCUUAAAGGGCUUCAACAACUUUUUCAAGACGACUUCAAAUUGAUUUCAAAUAAAAAGCAAAAAGGUUUCGAUUUACUGUAGUAAACCUGUAGUAACACAGUCACAGCGUCAAAGGUUUUCCAUGAGAAUUGGUUAACCUAUAACGCAAUGAAAGAAAACACUUUCUUUCUUUCUUUUUAUAUCAAGACAUCAUUUUCUUAAAACAAUUUGCAAGAACACUUGUUUUUAAGGGCUAUUUUACCACCGCAUGAUUGUAAUGUUUUUUAACUCUGAAUGUGAUUCGAAGCCUUGCUCGUUUCUCAAAUCCCCUUUUAUACUGGUUGAGGAGGAAGAUGGUUUUAUUCGAAUGCGUCUUAAGAAACACUUGAAAUAGCUAACAGGAUGGCUAGAAGCUAAUCCGUACCUCGGUACUCAACCAUAAACAAAAACAUCUCUAACUAGUAGUUUGCCAGACCGUUAACAUGUUCAUUUCAACGACUGCCUUAUAAGAGCAACCGACCUCCAACAAUGUGUAACGUUAGCCUUACGUUAUUUAAGGGCUGUAGAGAAACGUCGCUCCGUUUGUUGGUGUCUCACGCAUCAUAUGUCUUAAAAACAGAGACACUUUGACUGAUGUCUACCAUGGGGCCGGGCACAAAGCAUAAUGAAUGCAUCAUUUAUAACCACAUCUUUCGCAUAUUCCCAAUGCAUGUUUUACUGUAAUUUGUUAAACAUUGAUUUGUCUGCUCAGAAAUGUCUGUUUUAGUGUUUAAAGAUGAGAUUUAAGGCCACGGUUUGUGUCGUGGCAGAUGAAAUAGAUCACUGUGCACAAGAUGUACUGUAAUGUCAUGAGUUGCCACUGAGGUCACGUGCGCUGUGCCGCAUACAUAGAAACUUGAUGCCACAUUUAUGCAUUCAACAUCCUAAAUCUUACAGCGUACCAUGACAGCUCUCUAUAGUUGUGAAUAUUUCUUCAGGGGACGGGAGGCUUUGUUUAUUUAUUUCUAUAGAUGUGACAAAGCUAUUUGUACAUAAUAUAUUUAUUCUAUAAUGAGUUGUUUAUUUUUCAUUUUGUUCUGUGUUUCCGUUAUGUUUUUUUUCUUCUUUGCAUUGGACCAGUAGAGAUGUUUACUGUACAUUUGUCAGUAAUUGUUUUUUUUCUUUUGUAAACUUUAACAAUAUAUCAAAGUUCGGUGCCUAAUAUCCAGCAAAACCUCACAAUCAAUUUGGUUCAUUGAAUUGAGCAUAAUCUGCCUUAACAAAUCACACGCAAGGCUCGACACGUAGAUGUUGUAGGAUCUCCGAUUUGUGUGUGUGGUUUCUUCUUGUUUUGUAUGUGGGCUUUUUUUAAGUAUUGAUGUUGAGUAAAUCGUCCCGUCUGCUGUGUUCCAGCAGGAAAGAUAUAUAUCGGUGGUAUAUAGUUAUCCAAAGCAUGACCACUGAACAUCCCAUAAAAUCAAUUUAUACAAUAAUGAAUAUUUGCUUGUGGGUUGUCUAAUAUGUCAUACCUUUACGAAGAUAGAACAAAUUAAUCUGUCAUUUUAAUUUACUACAAGUACACUUACCCUGAAAGCAAAACUAUACAUAUCAGCCCCUAUAUGAUCAGAACACCCAAAAAGAACAUCUGAGAUCAGUUUGUCUGGUUAUGUUUUCAUUUCUAUAUCACCAUCUUCUGCCCCAGCUGCUUCAAUCUGAUACUGUCAAGGGGAAUUAACCGAGGUACUUGUAAAUUGCUGGAAAUAAAAAUAUAAG